UCACGAGCCCAUCUGCACAAAUGAACAGUGCAACCCAUCCCUCCCCCCCCCCCCUGUCCUCAUGUUGUAUGUAUACCUCUUCGAUCUCCAUUCCUUCUGCCUCGUAUAUGUAUAGGUGCGCCUUGGCCUUGUACAGUUUGUCCCACGCGUCCCCUAUGCGUUCGAGCACCUCAUGGAAGGCCGUGCAGUUGGUGAUGUACGUCACUGACUGAUCGAACUGCUUGCCGGCGGGCGGCACCGUGCAUAUACACGAGCUGAGGCAGGUGGGGGUCCAGUCGGGGAAGUGCGCGUCGUACACGGUGGUGUGUGGCAUCCUUUGCAGCACAUCGUUGAUUUCGGACGUGGCCAGGUACUCCGUCUUGCCGCGAAAGGUCGCAAACGAUGGCAGGAACCGAGACGUGCGCCAAUGCUCCUGAGGACACAAACAAGACGGCGCCUUCCUGAUCCCCUAUUGUGUGUGAGCUGCAUUCAUUGCGUGCGAUAUGACCCCUGUGUCGAGCCUGAGAGUGUCGCACUUGACGACACAGUUCUCGGGCUGCAGCAUCUGCUGUGUGAGUUCCAAGAUGGAGUACGUGCGAUAGGGAGCCGUCUUCGUCAACGACAGGGGAGCCGUGCCUACGCCGACACGCACACGAAAAACCGGGAAGGAUGUUGUAUGUGAGAUACGCAUGCGCUUCCCCUCCGACAUACACGUGAUCAGAAAGUGUGUCUUUGGGAACGGCACCAGGUUGGUGUGCAUUUUGCGGAGGUCUGCGUCGACGAUACCUGGGAACCUCAAGUUACACGUGAUGCCGCUCAUGACGCGGGCGACCAGGUCAUCCAUGUGCUGGAAGCGGGGCACGUUGAUCUGCAGUAUCUGCUGGCAUAUGCUGCUCAACGCAUGGUUGUCAAACGGAAACACCUAAUCGAUCAAAAUUCGUUCACAUGCACAGGCAGACAAAGGGGUGUGCCGUGCCGCGUGUGUAGGUGUGUGUGCACCUGAUCGCAGCACUCAACGAGACCUUUGAGCCCCAGUACGGCAUUGUAUGGCUCCACGAGUAUGUCUGAUGCGAGCUCGCUGGUGAAGAGGGUGAAUGUUUGCAGGACAGGUCCCAGCAGCCCAGAGGUCUUGUUGAAGAAGUCUUGCAUGGAGUUGAGCAUGAGGGUGGUCAGCCCCGACCCCGUCCCGCCCGCAAGGGAGUGAGCGAGCUGCACACCCUGUAGACAAUCGCAUCCCUCUACCAUCCGACGCACCUGAAAUGUGAUAAGCCAACGUGCGCGAGCGUUCCCUCUAUGCUAUUUUUGCUCACUCCCUCCGUCAUUGCGUCGCAGAUGUCGAGCCCAGAUGUGUGGUAGGCCCUGGCGUAGCAGUUGCCGCUGCCCUCGUCAGGUAAAAGAUAUUCUCUGGUCUGUAGAGCCUGCCAAGUUCUGUGGUCAUCAGAUUGUCAAUGAACAUCUUGUCAAGCUCCACAAGAAUUUAGCGAGGCACAUAUCUGGAUGCAGAUGGCAUAAAUCUAUACGCACGUGCAAGUGGCUUGAUCGCUCCGUGUCUGUCCUGCCUGCCGCUGGAGGAUUCGUCGAAGAAGACGCCCACUUGCUGCAGUCGAUAUAUGUCCGCCUCGCUGCCGCAGAACUUGCCGUGGAGCGUCCCCAUUGUCUUCUCGAAGUUCUGGUGGUGAAUGUGAUGCUCCUCCACCAAAUCGCGCCAAAACUCUUGCGAAAUGUUGUUGCCGGCACGACCAACUUGCACCUACACGAGCACAGAAACCAUGCCGUCUACGUUGCCUUUGUGCACUCAUAGGACGCCGCCUUCAUGUAUCACUCACCAUGUCACCGGCCACAUGUAUGUAGCCAUCUAUGUUCACCAUGACAUCAAGGAAACAAGGGGCUUCAGGAAAGUUUCCCAGCAACUCAUCAAGGAGGGCCUCCCGUACCUCUAUCGACCUCCUGCAUGGAUGGGGUCGAAGCACCAACCAUCCAGACACAUAACACAACACACACACGGGUGUUGUCCAUUCUAUGUCUCCGUCCUUUUCCCUUGCCAUUUGCAUCUCAUGGUGCCCAUCCGGCUUCAUCCUGGUAGAGACCGUGUAUUUAUGUAUACAGCAAGACGGUUGAUGUUUGCUUGCCUGCUCUAGACCAUUCUCUUAUCAGAUCGGCACACAGCUCACCAGUAGUCCUCGGCAUACUUCUGUGAAUCGCCGGCGAUAUGUUCUACGAAGGCCUCGGUUACCUUGACGCCUUUCCACUUGCCGUCAAUGUUGGUCAUUUUCACCUACACAACGACGUGAACACGCAGUAUUCGGAUGGAUUAAUUCCUAUGUUAAGUGACCAUCUUCGGUCGGGCCUUUCCAUCGUGGUCACGCAAAAUAAGAGAGUAGACAGCCUCACUUUCUCCUUUGAAGUAGCUCACAGUUCCCUUGGACCUGAUUGGCUAGGAAAAACCGGAGAAUGACUGACGUUGAAGAAUCAGUGAUAUAUACACAUGAAAGCCUCACUCACGCGAUAUAGCUAUAUCCGGGGUGCAU